AUGACUGAGCAGGGUGGCGGGAAGGAGCAUCCCCUUUCAGGUGUCUUCCUGAUCCCAGGGGGCCGGGCGCAGCUUGGCUUUCUAGAAUGUCGCCAAGGUCUCAAACACUGGCUCUCCUCAUUUUUUGUUUUUAAGGACAACAGGCCCCAAGCUCCGAACUCUCCACAGGUGUUUGGCUAUACUUGAUUCCUAUGUUUGAUUUUCUGCACACUUUGAGGGAACGAUUACCUCCUCUUUAUGACGUGGUUCUGGUUUCCCACUUAAAAUGGCAGUGACAGGUUCCCAUUUAAACUGCAUGUGUUUGUUGGGAAAAGGUCCAGUUAUCUUUUGACUGCCACAUAUGGACCCCAAAAUAUCUCAAAAGGAAACUGUCCUCAUUACAGGAGGUGGUGGCUAUUUUGGUUUUCGCCUGGGCUGUGCUCUGAACCAAAAGGGAGUCCACGUGAUUCUGUUUGACAUCAGCAGCCCUGCUGAAACUAUUCCAGAAGGAAUCAGGUUUAUACAAGGAGACAUCCGCCACCUGUCUGACAUAGAGAAAGCCUUCCAGGAUGCAGACGUCACUUGUGUGUUCCAUAUUGCCUCUUACGGUAUGUCAGGGCGGGAGCAACUCAAUCGAAACCUGAUCGAAGAAGUCAACGUUGGGGGCACAGACAACAUCCUCCAGGCUUGCCAAAGGAGAAGGGUGCCCAGGUUAGUUUACACCAGCACUUUCAAUGUCAUCUUUGGAGGUCAAGUUAUCAGAAAUGGGGAUGAAUCUCUGCCCUACCUGCCUCUUCACCUCCACCCUGAUCACUACUCUCGGACAAAGUCUAUUGCAGAGAAGAAGGUGCUAGAGGCGAAUGGUACACCCCUGGACAGAGGCGAUGAUGUCUUAAGAACCUGCGCUCUGAGGCCAGCUGGCAUCUAUGGGCCUGGAGAACAAAGACACCUUCCCAGAAUAGUCAGCUACAUCGAGAAGGGUCUGUUCAAGUUUGUCUACGGGGACCCGAGGAGCCUGGUUGAGUUUGUCCACGUGGAUAACUUGGUGCAGGCUCACAUUCUGGCCUCAGAAGCCCUGAGAGCUGACAAGGGCCAUAUUGCCUCUGGGCAGCCCUACUUCAUCUCAGAUGGCAGACCUGUGAACAACUUUGAGUUCUUCCGGCCUCUGGUGGAGGGCCUGGGCUACGCGUUCCCAUCUACCCGCCUGCCAUUGACCUUGGUCUACUGCUUUGCUUUUCUAACAGAGAUGGUUCACUUCAUUUUGGGUCGACUCUACAACUUCCAGCCCUUCCUCACUCGCACUGAAGUUUACAAAACUGGUGUCACACAUUAUUUUAGCUUAGAGAAAGCCAAGAAAGAGCUAGGUUAUGAGGCUCAGCCAUUUGACCUCCAGGAAGCAGUGGAAUGGUUUAAAGCCCAUGGUCAUGGCAGAAGUUCUGGAAGUCAUGACUCAGAGUGUUUUGUUUGGGAUGGGCUAUUGGUCUUCCUCCUGAUUAUAGCAGUUCUCAUCUGGCUGCCUUCUUCUGUGAUUCUGUCACUGUGAGGAAGGGGCCAGAAAUAAGGUGAUCACAGUUGGCCGAGAUGGUUCUCAAGAAACAUGGGUUUUAAAAUGUGUACAGUGAUAUCUGUUACCAAACAUUGGCUCUUCAAAUUGCUACUUAUGAAUAGGUUCUUGGAUUGAAUCUUUAUUUCUUACUUCCUUGCACUAAGCCAGAUGGGAAUGGAAAAAAAGAAGCAGAGAUUAGUUUGAAAUUUCAUUUCUUAUGUCCUUCUGUUUUAGGUGGGUAAAAUAGAAGUCAGUUUGGAGCCAUAGAAGUAGGCUUAGUUGGGUUGGGGAUGUCUGUCGUGAAUUUCUUAGAAGGCAAGAUAUACUUAUUUCCGUUUUAUGCACUCUGCAUCUACCUAAAACCUCUGACUGAUGUGGGAAUGGCAAAACACUAUCAGGCUUGAAAGCAUGUGAAAAACACCAAAUUGGCCCAGAUGCCUAACAGAGCAAUCCUCGAGGGGUUGGUGGCUAUUGCUGGAGAGGUAUUAGCUAUUCACAGUGUCCAUUUUAGGUGUUAACUUUCACCCUUUGUGAUAUCGGGCAUUAUGCCUAUGUGAACACAUGGUAAUGUCUGAUGUUUAGGCCUUUAUCCUACCUCAUAGGAUUCUUUUGAGGAUUAAAUUAAAGCAUACAAAGUGCUCCUUAACACACAUAGCCAUUCUUUUUAUCAGAAUUGUCAUGGUACAUUCCUUAUGAGGGCUUUCUUCCUCAGUGUUCUCUUUAGAGGGCUGUUAUUACUGGACUUUCUGGAAUGUCUGGGUGUGCCCUCAGAGCCUGCAACAAGUGUAUUUGGAUAUACUCUAAAGUUUUGGCCUCCAAGAAGGCGAAAAGGAAGCAACUAAAAAUCUGAUGAUUAAGGGAGUCAAUCAAGCUGAUGCCAUUUUUAGUUUAAAAAAUGAAGCAUAGCUCUAAACUCAUAGACUGGUUUUCUUACUGGGAAGAAGUUUGCCUCUCUGAAGACAGCUUCCAGUGAGGAAUGUGUUGAACAGUGGCAGCACUGUCUGGCCACCCACGAACUGUUACCGAUGAUCCAGUUACACUGCUGCAUAGGAAUCCAAGUGGAAAGAAGACAGAGUCCAUGUGGAAAUCCAGAGUCCAUGUGGAAGUCCAGAGUCCAUGUGGAAUCCAAGUAGAAAGAAGACAGAGCCAUGUCUGUCCAUGGCUCCAGCUACAGAAAGGGUAACAUGAGAACAUUACAAGGGGGACACAUUACUUUGGAAAGUUCUGCUAGAGUUACUCUGAGAGUACCUACAAAUAGAUGAGAAAUCCCUGUUGAAUGCUGCCUGGAUGUUUUCAGAAAAGCUCUGAACUUGAUGUCAGAACACCGACACCAUGAAUAUCAUGUGUGGCCUUAACCAAGGAACAGAAGCCCUUUAGAACUUAGCUUCCUCACUCGGGACCUGGGACUGACUGCAUUUGCCCUUUCUAUAAACCCACCCACCUCAUAGGGUUCAUUGGGAGCAUAAAGCAAGAUGUGGUGAAAGUACUUUUAAUAUAAAUUGCAACAUCAAUAUGA